CCUUUUUCAGUUACCUGUGUCUUUUUAUGAUAUUUAUGAUGACCUGCACUUGUGUUUUUUUUUUUAAGAUGAUAACAGACGUAUACUUGUGCAACAACUUUUUGGCCUGUGCUACAAACUUUAAACCUCUGUAACAUCGGUGCUAUGUGCAAAAAAGUUAACUUACAGCCCUGUUUUAAGGUUCUGAGGUAAGGAAGUACUAAAUGACAUGACAGGUUCAGCUGACACAGCAUUGGGUUAGAUGUUAAACGUUAACCUCAUAGCUGUCUCAGUACGAAGCCCUCGCCUUUAGUAGACAUCAUAGAGGCCAAAGGUCUUUUAACUUGUCUUGUAAUGUCUUUAUUUGAGCAAAUGAGCUCUGCUGCACUCUGAAAGAGGAUAGACUACGUUGCAGAAGACUCAUUUUAAAAGCCCACGUCUGUUUCUGCUUAAACUCCAGCUGAGCCUUGCAGAAGAGUGAGAAGUCAAGGAGAGAGGUACUGUUUUCAGGUCACAUCAGUGGGACAUUAAUGAGGCUUUGAUUUGACAGUGAUAUCAUAUAGAAAUCUAUAGAAGAAUGUUUUUUAUGUGCGAUAUUCUGUUCAAGAACUUUUUCAAUGUGUAUGAAAUCAUAUUUUUGCACUCACAAAUAUAGUCUCUUAAUGAAUAUGAAAUGAUAAAUACUGCAAGGAAAUCCUGAUGGAAAUUGCUGAUUUAGAAAGUAUUGCAUGUAACAAGAAUGUACAUUUUCCCAAACUACUCGACUGUACUGUAUACUGUCUCUAACUUUCAAAGCCACCAUAUAUAGAACAAUUUGCUUAUCAUGAAAGAGAUACAGCGGUUCUCAAAUAAACAAGGUUUACAAUGUCUAUGUCUUUUUGCAGGUCUUUUGCAUGCUGAGAACUGCUGUGAGGAGGUCAGCAUGGAGAACAACGUCACACAGAUCUCCCGAGAGGACCUGGAAGACCUAAGGGAUGCUUUCAAUAAAAUCGAUAUUGAUAACAGUGGCUACGUAAGCGAUUUUGAACUGCAAGAGCUCUUUCGUGAGGCCAGCUUUCAUUUACCGGGAUACAAGGUUCGGGAGAUUGUGGAGAAAUUUAUAGCUGGUGAUACCAACAAGGAUGAGAAGAUCAGCUUUGAAGAGUUUGUUGCAAUAUAUCAGGAGCUAAGAAGUAAAGAAAUAAGAGAGACAUUCCGCAAGUGCAUCUCCAGGCGAGAUGGGAUUCGAUCAUUCGGUGGAACAUCAAAGAUCUCAAGUGAAGGAACACAGCACUCAUAUUCAGAUGAAGAAAAAGUGGCUUUCGUGAACUGGAUCAAUAAAACCCUGGCAAAGGAUCCAGAUUGCGAGCAUCUCAUCCCGAUGGACCCGGAGACCGACAGUCUUUUCAAAUCUGUUAAAGAUGGAAUAUUGCUAUGCAAAAUGAUAAACCUCUCCCAGCCUGACACUAUAGACGAGAGGGUCAUCAACACAAAGAAACGCACGCCAUUCACCAUGACUGAGAAUUUGGUGUUGGCACUCAACUCAGCUUCAGCUAUCGGCUGCACGGUAGUCAACAUCGACGCUCAGGACUUAAAGGCAGGAACUCCUCACCUGGUGCUCGGACUCCUCUGGCAAAUCAUAAAAAUUGGCUUGUUCGCUGAUAUUGAGAUCUCUCGUAAUGAAGCUCUCAUUGCUUUGCUGGAUGAGUCAGAAGAGCUGGACCACCUGAUGUCAAUGUCCCCCGAGGACAUUUUGCUGCGGUGGGUCAACUAUCAUCUCAGAGCGGCUGGCUGGAAACCAAUCAGAAACUUCAGUGAAGAUAUCAAAGACUCCAGGGCGUAUUUCCACUUGCUGGAUCAGAUCUCACCGAAAGGAGGAGUGGUUGAUGAGAUGAGGAUUGACAUUGACAUGUCUGGUCUGAAUGAGCGUGAUGAUGAAAGGAGAGCAGAGCUCAUGUUGAAGCAAGCGGAUCGUCUGGACUGCAGACAGUUUGUCACUCCCCACGAUGUUGUUGCAGGAAACCAUAAGCUCAACAUGGCCUUUGUGGCCAAUCUUUUCAACAUGUACCCGGCCUUGAACAGACCCGCCAGCAAUGGCAUUGAUUAUGCUAUUGAGGGGGAAACAAGAGAAGACAAAACAUUCAGAAAUUGGAUGAAUUCACUAGGUGUGACUCCAUAUGUCAAUCACUUGUACAGUGAUCUGCAUGAUGGUCUGAUCAUUCUUCAGUUAUAUGAGAGGAUCCAGGUACCUGUUAACUGGGCUAGAGUCAACAAACCGCCCUAUCCCAUACUGGGCUCCAACAUGAAGAAGCUUGAGAAUUGUAAUUAUGCAGUGGAGCUGGGGAAAAAGGAAGCAAAGUUUUCCUUAGUAGGAAUUGGAGGGGAAAAUAUCAAUGAGGGAAGUCCCAUGCACACGCUUGCAUUAGUCUGGCAACUGAUGAGAAGAUACACACUGAAGGUUCUUUCUGACAUUGGUGAAGGAGAAAUAGUGAGUGAUCAAAUCAUUAUCAACUGGGUGAACAACACGUUGCAACAGGGACAGAAAGAUUCAUGCAUUAACAGCUUCAAGGACAAAUCAAUCAGCACCAGCUUGCCAGUGAUCGAUCUGAUCGACACCAUCAUGCCCAAAGCCAUCAAAUACGAGAUGGUGAAAAGCGGCGACAUGACCACAGAGGACAAGCUAAACAAUGCAAAAUACGCGAUCUCCGUGGCGCGAAAAAUCGGAGCCAAGGUGUACGCCCUGCCCGACGACCUUGUGGAGGUCAACCCUAAGAUGGUGAUGACAGUGUUUGCAUGCCUUAUGGGAAGAAGCUUGAAAAAAGUGGACGGCUGACCUUUCUUGAAGGAUGUUGCACAAUGCGCGUUAUUGCACUUUUUCUUCCCUGCACUUUCCGUCUGCAUCGCACCCCUUUUGCGUCUCCUAAACUCAUUUUCUUUUCUUUCAAUGUUUCUUUAGGCCUUCGAUGAAUUUACAAUGCGUUCAUUUGAGCAUUUUCUUAAUGGCACAAUGAUUAUGUUAAUCGUUUCAUUUCUGCUGACUGAGAUAGCUACUGCAUGGAGACGUCCCGUACGAUUAUUUAAAAACAUUCUUUAUUGCUUUAAUAACUGUGAAUCCUUGUAAAUGUUUUUAAUUUCCAUCGACUCAUUAAAGUGAUUCUAUAAAUUGGAGCCAGAUUGUAAAUAGUUGUAUAUUUUUACAUUACAUAAAUAAAGGUACCCAGAAGAAAUAUUUAAGCCAAUUAAAUCUUGUUAUUUAAUCAGAUUUAAAUGCCGCUGGCGACCUGCUUUGGCGUGCGGUGAAACUCAUGAUGCGUUCGUUUAGUUUUGGAUCUCAGUCUAGACAAUAUUUGUUCAUCCAUUGAGCGUGUGAUACUGCAGAGGAUAUUAUACUCUGUGAAAGCAUGUGUAAAUGCCAGAAUGUUAAUCUUUCCAAGCCAUUUCAGCUUUCCAAAUAGACAGAAAUAAUAAUUGAAUCAGCACUCACAUCAUUUAACAGUGGCUAGAAAUGCAUUUAUGAAAAACACAAUUUUCUAAGCUUGGCCUCCUGUUUACAUUUCUCUUUGCCAUGUAGUGGGUUCGACCAGCUCUUUUGAUGUAAUUGUGAGCUUCUCUCUAUGAUAACCAAGCCAUAACAUACAGCUGCACUCAGAUUUAUCCAAGAGAUCAUUCAGUGCCCAGGAUCUGUCACUCUGGACACAGUGGAUCUUGGUGUAUAUUAUCCACUUAACAAUAUGUCUCAUUUAAAGUACAGCAUUGCAUUAUUGUAGGUAUUGUAAUAUUACCAGAUUUUAAUAUUUUAAAUGGUUUGGAGUAAUGUUAGUGAUGUCCAAUGUGUCCACUCUUGGCAUUCCAGUUUUAAUGUUAAA